GGCCACGAGAGCGAGGUGAAGUCCGUGGCAUGGAACGCCACCAGCUCCCUGCUAGCCACCUGCAGCCGGGACAAGAGCGUGUGGAUCUGGGAGGUGCCAGGUGGCAGCAGCGGAGUGGCUGGACGGAUCGGUGUGGGCCCGGCGUCUGACUUCGACUGUGUGGCGGUGCUGCAUGGGCACACUCAGGACGUGAAGAUGGUGUGCUGGCACCCCACGCAUGACUGGCUCGUGUCUGCCAGCUACGAUGACAGCAUAAAGGUGUGGGCUGCAGAGGUGGAGGGUGAAGACGAUUGGUCGUGCGUGCAGACCCUUGAUGCUGCAAAUGGGGCGGGGCACUCGUCCACAGUCUGGGCUAUUUCCUUUGAUGCUACAGGACACUACAUGGCAUCCUGCAGUGAUGAUCUGACCGUCAAAAUCUGGGAUACAAGCCGGGAGCCAUCGGAUGUGAGGACCUCAGAAGGGAGUUCAGGGAGCAAGCUUUCAGCAAGGGGAUGGUCGCAUGUGUGUACACUUUCGGGCUUCCAUGACCGCACCAUCUUCCACGUUGACUGGUCGAUAACCAGUUCCGAUGCUGCCGACAGAGAGGGGGGCGGCGAGGAGGCAGGGAUUGCAAGGGUGGCAGGGGAGGGAGGGGUGGGAGAGGAGGCGGGAAGCAGGGCUCAGCUGUUGAUUCGAAAGGCGCAUGCACAUGGCACAGAUGUGAACUGCGUCAGAUGGAACCCCAAGAAUCCCCGCCUGCUGGCAUCAGCGGGAGAUGAUGAGAUGGUGAAGAUCUGGGAGCUUAGAGGGCUGGCAGGCAGUGGGUAG